GUCGGUGGUAUUGGAGUACGGAGUAGACUAGAUCAGUUAAUAUCGGUUUAUAUUAAUGCAAUUUUAGUUUAGCGGUAGAUGUAAUAUAUAAUGGUUGGAUUAUUUGUCAUAGUCGUUAAUUAUAAGCAGAGUAUUAUCGCGGUGGAUAAUCAGCAAUUAAUCAUCGCCGUGAAUAGGAUGAGAACGUGACACCUGUUAGCACAUUUACUGGUAUAAAAGCUCUAGUGUAUCUACUCGUUGCUUAGUGUGUGUAGAGCUUUUGAGUAGAAAUCAAUGUCUGGCUGAUGACGUUAUGUUACAUUGGUGUGGCAAGCUCUGAUGUAUGAAUGUUAAGCACCGAGAAACUCUUUGUGCAUCGGGUAAAACGUGAUGGAGUGUGAGGAGUGAGUAGAAAAUUGGGUGAUAAGAGAAUGAGAAGCUUCGGCAUGAUCCGUUGCUUGGAAAAUGUGUUAGAAACUUUGGGCGGGGAGGCAUGGAAGCUGAAGGCAGCCGGCUGGCUCAUCAGGGGCUCCACCACCAGCUCACUUUACCACCGGGCAUCCCCGGACUUGAUGUCGUAAGAGCCCUGCACCAGACAAUAAUCUCCCUGCGAUCUGCUCUGGACUCAUCGCGGGAGGAAUUGCGUCGACUCCGCGAGAUAGUUGGCGACUUUCGUGGUGAGAGUUACGUUGAGACAGUUGAACGUCUGUCGCUCGAGAACCACGUGCUGCGUCGCAGAAUUCUCGACGGAGUUAAAACUGAAGCUAUCAAGGAUGUGUCGAUUAGUUCUACGGAAACGGCCGCGAGGUCUAAACUUGAGUUGUCACCAGCUCUAAUUAUCGAAGAUUUGUCAGAAACAUCGCAAACGGCAAUGAGUAACGUCAUGGAUAGUGAAACCGUAAAUACGGAUCGGGCGGAGAGCCAAGCAAAUCUUCAGCUUAAAUCCUCGAUCAAUGAAGAAAAUGAAGAUGAAUCAAACGUCAAAGAGACUUUUAAUAUACAAGUGACCAGUGAAUCAUCAAAAGAAAUUCUUACUGAAGAAAUAAGUCCAGAUCAAAAGCCAGACACUGAAAAAGAAACCGUAGACGUUACAGAUGCUCCCGCAACGUCAAAAGAACUUUAUGAGCCAACGGACCUCCUCGAAGUUCCCGAUAAAGAUCCCGAGGACAUGAGUAUCCGCAGUGUCUCUGACGGAGAUAAUUCUGUGCUGAGUGACAACCCGGACUGCAUUAACCAGCAGUUAUUGACGCCAGAAGUAAAACAUGAGUCGGAAAACGAGUCCGAGGAACUGGAUGAUAUCGAAUUGAUUUUCACUACUGAUGAGUCCUGUCGCGACGUCGGACUCCAGGAGGACUUGGUGUCCAUUACGGACGCGGAGCACUGGCAGAGUAACAACAAUAAUAAUAACAAUAGCAGUUUGAACAAUAAUAAUAAUAGUAUGGGAGGUCAGCCGAUUUUACUAAAGUACACCAAGUCUGCGGAAGAGGCUGGGGUCUGUAAUGGCGAAAAGACAGUUAGCAGUUCUGUUGAAGAACCGGUGUCUUCUCAGAGCUCGUCAAUCGACCGUGAAGAAAGCGUCGAUCGCUUUGACGAGAGUUCAAACACGCGCUUAAACAAAAUGUGGUCACAGUGUUCGGUUCUUGUGGAGACGGACAUCAGCAAAUGUGGUGUUGUCGAAGAACCAGAACACUCCGCCAAACAUGCCGCGAGGAGAAAUACUCUUGCCGCUCCACCGACCGCAUACAGGCCCAUAAUCCACCGUGAAGCUUUAGCGGCAGGUCGUAGAAAGAGCUCGACACCAUUACGUCCGGUAAUGGACCGGAGUUGUGGCGCAAGACGUGAAUCCGGUGCACAAACGGACAUUUCAGCGCUUCCUGCCCAAUGGCGAUCUGAGAGUUAUCUUGCUCAUAAAGUUGCCCAUACAUUUACGACUUUACCGAGUAAAUUUGCUCUUCCGACGGGUGUUGCCGGCAGACUAAGACUCUCAGACAAGACACGCGAGGCCAGAAGAGUUAUGCUCUCAGAUAUUAGUUUCACCAGCAUGGUGCCUGAAUUAUCUCGUAGUGCUGAUCAUCUCUGUCACGAUCCACAUUCUCAGAACUGUUUCAAUUCACGUGGAUGUGGAAUACGCACACCUGAGAUCAAUCGCCGUGAGUCACUGGGGUCACCGGCGAGUUAUUGGCCCCGAUGCAAUCCUGGUACAGGAUUACCGAGCCCUUGUGAUUGUCGAUUAUCAACGGAUCUAUACUCAUCUAGAUAUCGUGGCUCCUUGACCUCAAUACCGUCACCUGGUCUUGAGGUUGGAGGACCACCGCGGAGACAUUCCUGGCGGGUUAAUGCCGCUUCCUUUGACACUUGGAAAGUACCUACUGCGACUUCAACACCUAGGCCAACUUGGUCUUCGAUGCCCUCGUCACCUACUCACGUACAUCCGCCUUCGGUGUCUAGUAGAAUUAUUAAAAAUCCGCCCAAGCGAACUCGCUCCAAAGUAACAUUCCAAGAGUGUCCAAUGAUACGAGGAAGUCUGCCAAAUUUACGAUCAGAUUUGAUUGUCAGUGAGAACAGCGGGGACUCAACAGAAUCACUUAUUGAUGAAGCCGAGGACUACUUGAGACGCAGCAUCGACUCGAUGUUAACAAUAUCCAGCGCUGAUUAUUGGAGUCGACAGUCUGCUCGUCGAAGAAGAGCACGGAGGCACUCGGAGCCUGACUUAUUUAGUGAAUGGAAUCCGCCGCAAGAUGCGCGACCUUAUUUACCAAAAGUUCCACGGGAUCUCAAGUUGGAUCACCUUGUAAAAGUAAUAUCGCCUGAAGGCCGAGUACUUCAAGGUAAAGUGAGAUACGUUGGUCCAGUUCCUGGCAGAGAAGAAAUUCAUGUGGGCGUUGAAUUGCCAACUGAGAGCGGCUCCUCAGAUGGCACAUUUCAUGGACGAAGAUUCUUUGAUUGUGAAUCAGAACGUGCUAUCUUUGUACCAUUUAAAAAAGUUGUGCUGGCCUGGUGCACCACCUGACCCGAGUCAACGACCGGUUCAACCGGUACCGCGUUAUUUCCGACGCCCCGAAUUUUGCUCUCUCAGUUCACCAUGUAAAUCAUCUCGAUCGAUACUCCCAAGGAUCCUAUCGAUAUAUGAAUAUUUACUGUGAGUAAAUGCAAACAAAGUAACAUAUAUAUAUAAAUAUAUUGAGUAAAGAAUAACGUAAGAUAAUUUGUGAGAAACAUGCGAGGAAGUAUUGGGUUUGAUAACGACGACAAUGACGAACAUGACCACGACUAUGACAUUGACAUUUAAAAUAACCUCGAGCCGGUGACUGGAAGUAAAUUAACAUAAAACCCUUAUCGAUAAAUAAUCAAAAGUAUUUAUAAAUGCGUAAGAAAAUCAUCAGUGCAUCGGCAAUGGCACGUAAAUUUAACAGAGUAAAAUAAUUUUAAUAAUUAAUAAAUAAAUAUAUUAAUUAUUAUUAUUAAUAUAAUAAUAUCUAUCGUAGAUAUUUAUUGUCAUGAGCUUUUUAUUAAUCAUAUCCACGGGUUGUGUAUAAAUUUAUCUAACGACGGAUACUUGUACGUCAUGUUUAUGUAAUAAGCUGUUACAGAGGCUAUAGGUGUACUUGUGUGUCGAAAUAAGGAAAAGAAAAAGAAAUAAAUAAUGUCUGUUCCGAGGAUUUAACGCACUAUAAACAAUAAUAGUGUCUGUGUAUGAAUAAUCUAUAAUAAUUGACGUGUAAAACAUUAUUAUAAAUCGCGGCACGGGAUGCCGUGGGGUGGGGUCGGUUCAAUAAGUAUCGACCCUCAUUGUAGAGUAAUUGUCUAUUAGAGUUACAAAGAUUCAGCUCUGAAAAUAAAUAUAAGUUAAGUAUUUAUGGCAAAUUGCCAACGGGGUACCUGGUGUCAAGAUUCGUGUUAUUGUUCGCUUAACUGGAGUUUGAUAAAUAUUUGAAUUUUAUUAUUUUAAUAUCCGCUAUUACUCCCGGGUAAAAAUACAUUUUUGUGUAUAAUUAAUUUACAUCUGAAUUUUAUUCCAAAACUCAGAUCGGACACAAAUUCGACUCAUCAAGAAUUUGUAACAGCUUUAAUUAAGUCGAAAUUAUGACUAAAAUUUUUAUCCGAUUAAUUUUAUAAUCGAAGAUGAUUUACGUCAAGUACUUGAUAAGAGAAAUUUAUUGGUAAUUUUUGAAUCUAUAGAUUUGACAAAAGGUUUGAUUCAGUAAAAAUUCAGACAAGUUUCUAUCGAAGUCAUCUCAACUGUAAUUCAAAAUAUAAUAAAUUAAUUUUAAAAUUGCCCUGGGGGAUUUGAAUUACGGUAAAUUCCCGGAAUUUACAGCAUUCGGGCGAAUUACAGUAAAAUCCCGUAUUUUGCGGUAAAUUACGGGAUUUUACGGUAAAGGUAUCGUUAAUUCACCAUAAAUAUGUGACGACUUCUAGUAUUUUACCUCCAACUUCCGGUAACAUUGCAGUAUUUCACCGUAAACAUGCCGAGUUACUGUAAAACUACGGAAUUUUACCGUAAAGUGAAGUAUUUCACGGAGUUACGGCAAAAAUGUCCCGAAUCGCAGUAAAUUAUCAUAUCGCACCGAAAAUUGCUGUAUUUUACCGGAAGUUGCCGUAUUAUAUCGUGAUUUCCCGCAAAUGACAGUAAAAUGCGGCAAAUUUGCACUAAAUUAAUAAUGAAUUAAUAAUGAAAGUCAUAUUUGUGUCAUGAUCUAAGCUUCGUCAUGAAAUUCAGAUCUGAAUUAAUUAUAAAAAAAAUUUUUUUACACGGGAUUAUUAUUUUUUUUUGUUUCUUGUUCUAAAUUGUUCGUUCGUUAAAUUCAAACUUGGAACGAUUAUCGUGAGAACAUCGUACCUGGUUCAUAUAGUAAAUUAUUAUUAUUAUUAUUACUAUUAACUAUAAUUAACAUCACAUUUAAAUAUGCCAAUUAAUUAUAGUUUACGCCAUCUCAGUACAACAUGCGUUCAACGCACUACCAUUUUAUAUUUUUUUUCUAUUUUACUAUUAUUGUGAUCGUGCUUUACACAUCAAUUAAUUACUUAACAACUAAACUUGUUAAUUAAUUAAUUAAUUAUAUUCUAUUAUUAUAACUAACUUAAGACAUUUGAAUCCGCAGUAUUUAAUAAGUCGUUGACUUGCAAAGAUUAAGUAUUUUGAAUUAUUAUUUAGAGAAAUUAUUUUAUGAGCUUGAGUCUAAAGUAAGAAUUUAUUUUUUAAAAAAAAUAAAGUAUUUGACUUGCCAUUGUGCAAAUUUAUUUUCCAAAGUACUUUUUAUUCAACAAUUUAUUAUUAUUACUAUAUAUAUACACAUAUAUUUUAAAUAAAUAAAUUAGAUCUCGUUUGUUUUAAUAAUUUUUAGUUUAAAAAAAAAAAACUCGUACUUUAGUGUACUUAUAAAUAAAGGUGACGUAUUCUGAUAUAUAUAUAUAUAUAAAGUAUGAGUAAAAUGAAAAGUAAAUUUAUUGGAUUGUGUUGUAGAUUAAUAUUAGAAAGAAAAUAUAUAAAUAAAUAUAAAAACGCACCUGCUUGGAUGGUUGCGAUAAAAAUAAAAUUACGUCUCAAUGCGAUUGUAGUUAAGGAAAUUCAAUAUAACGUAGAUAAAUAAAUGAUAAUAUAUAUCUAUAGAUAUAGAUAUAUAUAUUGUGUAAUAUAUGAAAGUUUAAAUGUGUAAUUUAUUGAGACUUAACAGAGCCGAAAAAGCAGGCGCAGAUAUAUUGAUAUAGAAAAAAAUGUUAAUCGAUGUUAAAUUGCUAUAAUUAUUAUGUUAAGUGUUUCGAUGUAACGUAUUGUUAUCCAAAAAAAUUAAAAGAAAAAACAGAAUAAUAAUUGAGUAAUAGUUAAUAAUAUUUUUGAGUUUCGAUGACUCUCAAUGAGGCUAAAUUUUUUUAUGAGUGAUUGUAGCAGAUAGACAAAUUUAAAAUUAUUAAUAAACAGAGUAAAUAAUUAAUAAAAUAAAAUUUUGAAAAAUUGCACAUUUAAAAAAUUUCAAAAUUAAUAAGUGCAUUUUUUGUAAAUAUUUUUUUUUUAAUUAUUUAAUCUAUUUAUUUAUAAUUUUAAAUUUGUCUCUGCUACAUUCAUACUCGUAAUUUUUUAAAAAUUUGAACAUGAGAUUAAAAUAUUUAAUUAUUAAAACAAAUAAAUUUAUAUUUUACUUUCGAUUUAAAUCUCGAAUCGUGAAAGUUUAACGUCACUGGACAUGCUCUCUAAUUCCUGACAGAAUUUAUUGGUUUAAAAAUAAAAUUUAUUUUUCAGUCAAUAUUUAAAAUUUUGACAUUAUGAAAGAUCUCAUGAGUAUUUUAGUGAUCUUUAGUAGUAUAAAUUAACAGCAUGAUUAUUUUAAAUUGUCAUUAAAUAGACAGUGGUCUAGUUAUUAUUUGAAUUAGAAAAAAAAAUAAAUAAAUAAAGAAUUUAAAAAUAUAAAUUAAUAAUUAUAAAAAAAAGCUUUACUGAAUAAAAUUACUAUAAAAGAUUGAUAUUUAU